GAGAAAUGUGUGGGCGCGUGUGUAUGUGUAUGUAGAGUCGGGGAGUUGUCAGAGCGCAGAGGCAAGGAGCAGGAGCGAGAGAGAGAGAGAAAGAGAGUGUGUGUGAGCGAGUGAGAUUGAGAAAGCGAGAGAGAGACAGAGAGAGGGAGGAGUGAGCGAGAGAGAGAGAGCGUUCUCUCCGGGUGCACUUGGCAGUUAGUUGCGGGCUGCUGUGCUGUUGCUGUCGUGGCGGUGUGGCUAGUCGCGGGGAACUUUAGCACACUGGAGCCCGAAGUCCCACUCUCUCACCUGCGCAGUUCGGAGCUGCCAUGGGUCUCGCGCCUGGAUUGACUAUCUUAAUCAUUCUGUCGGCCUUUCUGCACACGAGUGGCCUAUAUAUCGCCAGUAGCGUAGACUCCCUGCAGCAUGUCCUGGGGGAGUAUGGACUGGUGAGGCCCGUGAGCGUGGACGCAGACGGCCGCUUCCUGUCCCACGCCGUGUCGGCCGGCCGGCCGGGGGUGGGGGCGGGGCAGCCCCAUAGGCGCCGGAGGAGGGAGACCGGAGAGAACGGGGGAGGAGGAGGAGAUGAAGAAAGAGAGGAAAUGUACGAGGAGGAUGGAGGGCCCCGAGACAGACAGCUUUACUACAACGUCACCGUCUUCGGCCGGGAGUUCCACCUGCGUCUGCGGCACAAUGCGCGACUGGUGGCCCCCGGAGCCAAGAUGGAGUGGCACGACGAUGACGACAGCAACGGGACAGCCACGCGCUCCGAGCCACUGCAGGGAGACUGUUUCUACGUGGGUGACGUCACAGACACGCCCGGAGCCACCGUAGCAAUCAGCAAUUGCGACGGCCUGGCUGGUAUGAUCAGGACGGAAGAGGAGGAGUUCUUCAUCGAGCCGGCGGAGAAGGGGAAUGGAGUGAUGGGGGAGGAGGAGGGAGGAGGAGGGCGUCAACACAUCGUCUACCGCUCUUCCUCUGUGAAGAAAAUGCCCGUCAGCGGCCUCGCAGCAGACUACCACUCUAGAGGUGCUGAUCUGCCUAGUAUGAUGGACCUGGAGUCCCUGUAUCGUGGUGUGGAGCAGAGCAUCAACCAGACCCGAGCCCAGAGACAGAGGAGACAGAGUCCAGAAAGAGCCUACAACAUUGAGGUCCUACUGGGGGUGGAUGACUCUGUGGUGCAGUUCCACGGCAAGGAAAACGUCCAGAAGUACCUGCUCACACUCAUGAACAUCGUGAACGAGAUUUACCAUGACCACUCUCUGGGAGCCAGGAUCAACGUGGUGCUAGUACGAAUCAUCAUGCUGGGCUAUGGGAAGUCUAUGAGUCUGAUAGAGUUGGGGAACCCAUCUCAGAGUCUGGAGAAUGUGUGUCGCUGGGCCUUCCUGCAGCAGAAACAGGACACAGGAGAUGCAGAGUACCACGACCAUGCUAUAUUCCUCACACGGCAGGAGUUUGGGCCUACCGGCAUGCAGGGUUAUGCUCCAGUAACAGGGAUGUGUCACCCAGUGAGAAGCUGUACUCUGAACCACGAGGAUGGCUUUUCUUCCGCCUUCGUGGUAGCCCACGAGACAGGACAUGUGUUGGGUAUGGAGCACGACGGCCAGGGGAAUCGCUGUGGAGACGAGGUGCACAUGGGGAGCAUCAUGGCCCCGUUGGUUCAAGCUGCCUUCCACCGCUUCCAUUGGUCACGCUGUAGCCAGCAGGAGCUAGGACGAUACCUACAAUCCUACGAAUGUCUUCGUGAUGACCCUUACGAACAUAACUGGCCGUCCCUGCCCAGACUUCCUGGUCUGCACUACUCCAUGAACGAACAGUGUCGCUUUGACUUCGGCGUGGGCUACAUGAUGUGUACCGCGCUGCAAAAGGUGGGCCAGGCUGGAACACAGUACCGGACGUUUGACCCCUGCAAACAGCUGUGGUGCAGCCACCCUGACAACCCCUUCUUUUGCAAGACCAAGAAAGGACCACCCAUCGAUGGCACCAUGUGUGGGGAUGGGAAGCACUGCUUCAAAGGUCACUGUAUCUGGCUGACCAUUGACAUGAUAAAGCAGGAUGGUGGGUGGAACAUGUGGAGCCAGUUUGGGUCCUGUACUCAUACCUGUGGAGGAGGGGUGCAGUUUAGAAACCGUGAAUGCAACAACCCCAGUCCUGCUAAUGGAGGUCGUACCUGUCUGGGGACUAACCAGCAGUUCCAGCUGUGUAACAGCCAGGAGUGUGAGGAGCUGUACAGUGACUUCAGGGAGGAGCAGUGCCGUAGCUUGGACCCUGAGUUUGAGUUCCACAACAACAAGCACCACUGGCUGCCUUAUGAACACACGGAACCUAAGCAGCGCUGCCACCUCCAUUGCCAGUCCACGGAGACCCGAGACAAGAUCAACAUGCAUAGGCUGGUCCAAGACGGCACGCGCUGCUCAUAUAAAGACCCCUACAGCGUGUGUGUGCACGGGGACUGUGAGAAAGUGGGCUGUGACGGCGUGGUAGGGUCCUCCCAACAGGAGGAUAAAUGUGGCGUCUGUGGAGGAGACAACUCCAGCUGCAAGAUCAUCAAGGGCAACUUCACUCGCAGUGCCAAGAAACAAGGUUUCCUCAAAGUACUUGAAAUCCCUCGAGGGGCGAGACACCUACUAAUCCAAGAGAUAAAACCAACCACACACAUCCUAGCGGUGAAGAACCAGGCAUCAGGACAGUUCUUCCUGAAUGCGGAGGGGGACAUCCCAGAAUCCCGUGCGGUCAUAGAGAAGGGUGUGGAGUGGGAAUACAUGAAUAAUGACCAUGACAAGGAGACACUACAGACCAACGGACCACUCAGACACGGAGUCCUCAUCAUGGUGCAGUCCCAUGGAGAUGCCAAGGUGACCCUUUCCUAUAAGUACAUCAUCCACAUGGACCUGCUGUCUGCAAUAGAGAACAACAUGCUGCUGGAUGACACCUCCUUCUACGAGUGGGCCCUGAAGAAAUGGUCCUUCUGCUCUAAGCCCUGUGGGGGAGGUAAGCAGUAUACUCGGUUUGGCUGUAGAAGGAGAGCGGACAGUAAGAUGGUCCACCGACGCUACUGUGAGAACAUCAAGAAGCCUCGCGCCAUCAGCAGAGACUGCAACCAGAAGGAGUGCUCACAGCCUAUCUGGGAGGAUGGUCCGUGGGAGCCAUGCAGUAAGACGUGCGGUAAAACAGGGUACCAGGUGAGGUCCGUUCGCUGUGUUCAGCCCUUAGACAACGGCAACAAGCGCUCCAUUCACAGCAAGUACUGCAAUGACGACCGGCCUGAGGCACGCAGACCCUGCAACAGAGAGCUCUGCCCUGCACAGUGGAGAGUAGGGCCCUGGUCACAGUGCUCGGUGACGUGUGCCAAUGGGACACAGCAGAGGCAGGCAUUGUGUCACACGCGUGACAACACCAUCGGUCUCUGCCUGGACAGCAAGCCAGACACCAUCCGCAUCUGUCGCCUGGCGUCAUGUUCCAGAGGCUCGUCGGACCUGAAUAAGAACGGCAACAUCCUGAUCCAGUGGCUGUCCCGUCCUGACCCAGACUUGCCCUACCAGAGGAACAGCUCACGCAAGCAGCGUUGUCAUGGAGACAGGUCAAUGUUCUGUCGCAUGGAGGUGCUGAUCCACUACUGUGCUCUACCGGGCUACAGGCGCAUGUGCUGCAAGUCCUGCAGCAACAUGACCAACAGCAGCCUGACCACCAGUCUCCCGCCCCGGGUCACAGCUCGCCCGCUGCCUCACCCCCUGCCACAGCCUCUGCCUUGGCCCAAGGACAACAACACCCCCCUUCAGCCCACGGUUCAUCCAAGAACUACAAUGCAUAUACCUUAUACCACGCCGCGCCCGAUGAGCACAACACACACCUAUACAACACCACACCCAUACUUCGCCACAUACCCCAUCCCCAUACACACGACCCCAGAGCACAGUGUGACCCCCAGAGACACAACCAGAAGUUACCCCUUCGUCACACUCUCCACCAGCACCAGCAUAUACACUACAACUCCCAGCAGCCUGUUCACUGACUCAACUGUUAACUUCACCUUUAUCAGCAAUGACACCACAGUGACCCCCAUUCACAGCUAUGACAUAACAGGGGCAGAAACCACAACUCCCAGCAGCCCAUACUACAUGGAUGAUGUCAUAAAGCCAACUGAAACCAACUACUUUGAGGAUGUGAUAUCGCCCAGUGGAACCAUCCCAUACACUGAUGUCACAAUGUCCAGCGGUGGUGAUGUCAUAAUACCUAGUGGAACCGUGCCCUAUGGCACUGAUGUCACAAUGCCUAUUGGAACCAUGCCUUAUGAUGAUGACAUCACAGUGAUGAUUCCUACAGUCCCCAGGGAUGACAUCAUAGGUAUGACCACCGUUGAUUGGCCAGAAAUCACAGAGUACAUAUCUGUGAGCUCCAUUGUUCCCACAACAACCACGGUAGGGCCAACAACAGAGUUAAUGACAGAGCAAAUGACAGCCAAGCCUCCCACAACAACAACAACCAAAAAGCCCAUGUGGCCGCUAAGCCGCCAGGAGGAGACCAGCGAAAAUAACUCAAUUGACGUUCUCUACAACCAGAUCAUCGGAGUAGACAAUGUCAUCCCCCAAAACAACCUGAUCCACAGACGGAGCCGGGUGUUCCUCCGGGAGAGAACACGGAACAAACGCAUCCAGGAACUCCUGGAGGAGAAGAGGAACUUUCUGUUGAGGAUGAAGCGGGCCCAGAGUGGUGCUGCUUGAUGAUGAUAGACCUUCCUUCCUCCCUAACACUCCCUUGAUUUCUCUUAUAGAGAUUUACCUACGUCUGCUAACAGACUGGAGAUAUUAUUUAACCCUUAACCUGCAUUGGUGCUCUCUAUCAGGUACUGACCCAUCACACACCCAGAGUCAUGGUACAGACAUACAGUACCAGUCAAAACUUUAGACACACCUACUCAUUCAAGGGAGCCUAUGGGAGCCGUAGGAAGUGUCACGUUACAGCAAAGAUCCUCAGUCUUCAAUAAACAGAGACAAGAAGAACAAGAUCUUGUCAGAGAGGGCACUUCCUGCAUGGAAUCUUCUCAGGUUUUGGCCUGCCAUUUGAGUUCUGUUAUACUCACAGACACCAUUCAAACAGUUUUAGAAACUGUAGGGUGUUUUCUAUCCAAAGCCAAUAAUUAUAUGCAUAUUGUAGUUACUGGGCAGGAGUAGUAACCAGAUUAAAUCGGGUACGUUUUUUAUCCGGCCGUGUCAAUACUACCCCCUACCCCCAACAGGUUAAAGAAAAAUGAUUUGUCCAGUUCAAGGUGAGUAAUCGCUGUUCUGAUGUCCGGAAGCUCUUUUCGGUCAUAAGAGACAGUAACAGCAAUAUUAUGUGCAAAAUAAGCUACAAACAAUGUGGGGAAAAAAAUAGCACGGUUGGUUAAGAGCCCACUAAACGGCAGACAUCCCCUCCGGCGCCAUUACACAAAUGCAUUCCAGGUGACUAUCUCAUGAAGCUGGUUGAGAGAAUGCCAAGAGUGUGCAAAGCUGUCAUCAAGGCAAAGGGUGGCUACUUUGAAGAAUCUUAAAUAUAAAACAUAUUUUGAUUUGUUUAACACUUGUUUAGUUACUACACUAUUCCAUAUGUGUUAUUUCAUAGUUUUGAUGUAAUCACUUUUAUUCUACAAUGUAAAAAAUUAAGAACAACCCUUGAAUGUGUGACGUGGUAAGGUUGGACCCAAGUGCAGAGAAGAGACCAGACAAGGAAUCUGUUUAAGGAUAAACAUAAUACUUUACUGAGAUGCGGUAACCACAGGAUCACAGUACACUUGAAAAAAACAACAAACACUAAGUCUCGAAAACUCACUCAGGAAACAACCGCACACAGUAAACAAUUCAAGCUUCUGCAAAGGACCACAGAAAACACACCUCUUUUAACAGGUACACAAGCUUGAAAUAAUAAGACACACCUGAGUCCAAUAAAAGCCUCUAGUGCGGUCUCUGCGGCCCUCUGGUGCCAGGAGGAACCAUGACAGAAUGAGUAGGUGUGUCCAUACUGUUGACUGGUACUGUACACACUGACCUAUUUGUUUACACACACACACAGAAACACACACACACCAUGAAGACAGACAGGCAUACAGCCACAUGGCAGGAUAGAAAAAAACAAAGCCAGAUGGUUUGCACAGAUGUUAAAAAUAAAACAAAGUCCCUUUAGGAUACGAAUCUGAAACACUUUCCGAUCCAAAGCGGAGGUCUUGUUGUAAGGCUGAGAGUAAAGCCAGAUGUGAUGUGGACCGUACGUCCUCUUGGACCCGCACAUUAACAAGGAAAACUUGUAUCUAUCCAAACCUCCCCCAGUGUGUUUAAGAGCAAGGCACAUACAGUAAAGAUGUAUUUCUCUUUUAUAAGCAGCACACUCCUGGAUAAUCUCAGGGCGUGAAUAGUUGGAUAUUCAGGCCAUUCAAUUCAAUAAAUUAAGUCUAAUUUGAAUGAAGUCUUAUCCCCAGCAGCACUUAAGGACCCAUGUAAGCUCAUCCCAAACAGAUCUGACACACCAUGUUAGAUUACAGCCUAUUACUGCAGUUGAUAUAUCUUUGAGUCACACAGAGAUGAAUACCACUCUGGUCCCAUAUAAUGAGACAUAUUAGAUAGCAAGUGUCCCGGGGUACGUCCCAAAUGGCACCCUAUAGGCCCUGGUCCAAAGUAGUGCGUUAUAGAGGGAAUAGGCUGCCAUUUGGGACGCAACCUAGAGCUUUCUGAAUUACAGUACUAUACAGGGCAGACAGACACUUUGCACUGGAGGUUUGGAGAUAUAAAAACAGACUAUGCUACGUCAAAACACCAGGGCUCCAUCUCAAUAGUUUAAAGUGGCUUUCUCUCCUUUCGGCUCCUUAACGUCAUCUGCACGGAUGAGAAAGAGCUGGAAUGGUGGAAGCACAUACCUGGUGGUUAUCCACCGUAGUGCAUACACAUACCCUGUUUUUCCCCCCUUCAGAUCAGUGCAGAUGAAGGAAAGGAGAUAAGGAGAAGAAGCCACAUUUCGACUGUAAAGAUGAACCUCGAGUAUCUCACAUCCCCCAGAACAUUCCUUCUCCUGGUUGUAUUACAACUAUGGAAGCUAGUGGUUUAGCGUUGUGCUGCCAAUGUCCAUGAGUCAUCUAUGUCAGACUCUAUUUCACAUGCUUCUUUCUGCUGCUUCUCAGAGAGAGUCAAUGAGUAAGAACUCUGGGGGACUAUGGAGGGCCAUUGACGACAACUCUGUUGGACUACAUUGGUGCUCUACUGGAUUCUAUGUGAUUUUUACAAAACGAUUACACAUCUCUCUGGUAAUAUACAGUGUCAUAUGCAGUAGGAGUUAAUAUGAAUUUAAUUGAGGGAAAUCCGUCAUCACAAUCAGGUUUUUGAGUUGAAAUGGUCAGUGGUGGUGCAAUGCUUUUAUCCUUGUUGGUGCUGAAAGCAAUGCCCCCUGAAGAGUCACAGGAACCUUAUCAAUUCACUUGUGUGUACUAUAUUUUCAAAGAGCCCCCCGCCCCCAAAAAAUACAAAAAAUAUAAAUAACUAUUUGUAUCUACCGCAUAACAAUAGAAGCUUUCAGGGCCAGCUGUCUUGUUUUUAUUGUAUUGUAUUUAUCGUCUUAUUAUCGGUGCAUUUUGCCUGGCAUCUGCUGCAAAAGCCCCGAUGAAUCUCUCUGUACGAUAUCUGUACAUAUGAAUCAGAACUCAAUGUUGAAUAUUUAUUAACGUUCCAGUGCCUGUGGUAUUUUGCACAUUGGGUGUUGCGGGAUGUUCCUGUUCUAAUGUCUACAAUGAGUCUCUCGCUUCUUUUCGCUCUCAUUCUCUCCCCACCGACCACUAGAGGGAAGCAGAAUAGCACAUGUAGUAAGUGUCUACACACCAUAUACUGGCUUCUGCUUUGAGUCAAAGUACCUCUUCACCUCUCUGCCUACGUCUCUGUCUCUCUCUAUCGACAGUGCUUGUGCUGUGUUCUGCAGUUGUUCUAUAGAAUAUGUAUGCAUAGGAGAUCAGCUCUUACACUGGCAUUGCUUUGAAUAACACCAUAAACCCUUCAGACACGGCUUAUAGACAUAGAAGUGCACACAUGCCCACGGUAACUCACACACACACAUACAAACACAUAAACAAAAACACACACACACACACACACACACACACACACACACACACACAUACACAUGCUCACACUCUUUCCCUCGCCGUAAUGUUACCGAAACACCAGAGAACACCUACAUUUAGCUCCCGAUCUCUCUCUCUCUGUCACAGCCGCAGUGCUUUGUCUCAUAGCAACCACCUUUCUGUACAUGAGUUCCUCUCUCUAACUAAUCACAUUUGUUGGGUGGGUGGGUGGGUCAGUGGGUGGCUGGGUGUGUGUAUGUGCGUGUGUAUGAGGACUAUCCUUGUAUAUAAUGUCGGUCAUGGAUGUGUCAGGAUGGAGUGUGACAGGCGUCACUUGAACUGCUGCCUUUCUCAUCACUAUGAAACUGCACACAGGAAGAACUACCACUAUGAAAGGGUUUGGAGAUCAAAGGGGAGAGCCUUGCUGACUAGGGCUGUAAAACAGGGCUGUUUAUGAUCGAGAAUUUGUGAUAUUUUCCAUGCAUUCCCAUUCAGAAUUGAACAUUGUAACCUUGACUUUAAGACCCAAGUGGGCGACUCGGAAGACUGAGGACAGCUAAAGUGGUUGGUGGAUGACACACACACACACACACACACACACACACACACACACACACACACACACACACACACACACACACACACACACACACACACACACACACACACACACACACACACACUCCCUGCCACCCCCCCAUACACCGCAAAUAGAGUUGACUUCAUAUAAGUGAAUUAAGUGUCCCCACAGCCCCAGCAGUGGUUCCUCUAAUCUCUCUCAUCCUGAUCGUAUCACUAUUUGCUGUACAGGAAUGAAUGAAUGAAUUACAUUUAUUUUUUUUCGUGUCAAAUCGCCAAUUGGCAACCCAUCCCUUAUGGGAUUAAUUGACACAUAAACAAACGUUACAAUAAUUCACUACGGUAAUUAAAUGACAAUUCUUCUUCUGGCGUUCUCUGCAUUACACAUCACAUAAAGUGUGUAAAAACAUUAGAAAUACAUAAUAGUAAAUAAGGUUAUCCAAACAAUAAUUACAUCCCUAGAGCAAUAAAAUGAUAUACAUACAUAUAUACAUACAAACAUACACACUGCAUAUAUAUACAUACAUACAUACAUACAUACAUACAUACAUACAUACAUACAUACAUACAUACAUACAUACAUACAUACAUACAUACAUACAUACAUACAUACAUACAUACAAACAUACAUACAUACCAUAUACAGACAAAUAAAUAUAGAAAAAAAGUGGUAAUUUCUUUUUUUGAGUAAUUUUUUGGUGCUUUGACAUAUCCAAAUAAUGAAAUAAUAAUUUAUCCUGAAGGUAGGACAGUUUGAGAAAGACUGAAUGCCUAUUGUUGUUUCUGUGCAAUUCAAAAACAAUUGGAAAAUGAAUGUUUUUGUCCGGGGUUUUUCGACUAAGCUGUGAAUGGUUCAAAUUGGAUGUUUGUUUCACCCCCAAAUCACUCAGAGCCCAGUUCCAUGAAACACAACGGGGUUGGUUUUAUCACAGUUUCAUAGAAAAGCGAUUUGGUAAGUGGCAUCCUGCUGGUCGACCUCAAUGGCUCACCACAUGUAGGUCACUCUGCCACAGACAACAGCUUGACUCCUUUCCUCCUCUCCUUCUCUCUCCUCUCCCCAAACACCUUUCUCCUCUAUUAGCAGCGGAACAUAUAUUAGCUUUUUUUAAUGGUAAUUCACGUCUGACAAUAUUCAUUUUGACUUCAAUAUGCUGUUCCUAAGCAUUUCAAAUGUAGCAGUCGGAUGUUGAAGUCAUGUUGCUGUGUUCCUUUUAAUGAUUGUAUUUAUUUAGUUCCUGUUCUGAAUGAAUGAAUGUUCCGGUUUGAUCAUGGAGGAUAUAUCUGAACAUGUUGUUGUUGAGAACAGUCAGUAUUGUACGUUUGAGUCAGUGUGUACGUCUCUCCUGUGCUGCCUCCUGUUCAUAAGGGCUAAAUGAACUAGCAUGUGGCUUUGCUCCUCA